AUGGGAAUUAAUGCUGAAACUAAACACGCGAUUCACGUUGUUUCAUUUAUAUGUUGGCUAAUAUUAUUCGAAUUUAUAUGUGGAACUAUACCUUUGUUUAAUCAAACUUCAAGCAGAUUUUUCUCUUCCGCUUCACUUAUCGAUAGGUACGGGUAUUUUGGUACAUUCAUUCUUUAUGUUACACGACUGGCAUCGUUAUUGGUGUUACCUCAAUGCAUAUUUAAUACUCUUGGUCUGCUGUUUUUCAAUGGAUUUCGAGACAAAGUGAAAUUAAAAACUGCUCCGUUAUUAGCACCUCUCGUUUGUUUUCGCGUAGUAACACGAGGAGAUUAUCCGGAGCUUGUAAAGCAAAAUGUAAAUUACAAUAUGGAGAAGUGUCGGGAAGCUGGAAUGGAGAAUUUUUUUUUUGAAGUAGUAACAGAUAAAAUGAUCAGCGUGCCAAGUAAACCUCGAUUACGAGAAGUAGUGGUUCCAACAACUUACAGGACCAAAAGUGGCGCUCAAUUCAAAUCACGUGCUUUACAGUACUGUCUAGAAGAUGAUGUCAAUAUUCUUCAAGAUGAUGAUUGGAUUGUACAUCUCGAUGAAGAAACUUUAUUAACAAAUAAUUCGAUUUGUGGUAUACUGAACUUUUGUGAAGAUGGUAAGCAUCAGUUUGGUCAAGGAGUAAUUACUUAUGCUAAUGGUGACAUAGUAAAUUGGAUUACAACUUUGUCAGAUUCAUUUCGUGUGGCAGAUGAUAUGGGAAAAUUGCGUUUCCAAUUUCGAUUUUUUCAUAAACCACUUUUUGGCUGGAAAGGUUCAUUUGUUGUUACUCAGGUUGGGGCUGAACGUCACGUGUCAUUUGAUCAUGGAAGAGAAGGCUCAAUAGCUGAGGAUUGCUUCUUCAGUAUGAUAGCAUUCAGAGAUGGAUAUACGUUUGAUUUUAUUGAGGGAGAAAUGCUCGAAAAAAGUCCGUUCACAUUCUGGGAUUUUUUGCAACAACGUAAACGCUGGCUUCAAGGUAUUUUCUUGACAGUACACGCUAAACAAAUUCCAGCGAAAAAUAAAAUAUUAUUAGCAUUGUCUUUCUAUGCAUGGGUAUCAAUGCCAAUAACUACUAUGCAGAUGUAUCUGUAUCAUGCAUUCCCACUACCGCCAUGCCUUAUAUUUGAUUCUUUGGUUGCAUUUGUUGCAGCAGUUAAUCUCUACAUGUACAUUUAUGGCGUACUGAAAAGUUUCUCUCACAAAUAUAGGCAUAGUCCAGUGCGGUUAUGUGUUUACAUGGUGGGAGCAUUGUUAACGAUACCAUUUAAUAUUUGUAUUGAGAAUAUAGCAGUAAUAUGGGGAAUGCUUGGAAAUAAAAAUGGCUUCUAUGUUGUCAAGAAGGAAUGUGAGUAA